AUGGCAUGGGUCCAUGUCGACGCAACAUUCGCUGGCACAUGUCUCAUCCUUGAGCAAUACCAGCUCGUCUCUGCCCUCUUUGCGCGUUUCGACAGCUUCGAUAUGAACAUGUACAAAUAGUUUCUAACAAACUUUAAUUGCUCAUGCCAUAUGUCGAGACUUGCAAUUACCUGUUAGACGCCCUCUGUUUAACUCACUCCUACCUCCGAAACCCAUUCUCAGAGCAGGGCCUAGUCACUGACUAUAGAGACUGGCAAAUCCCACUUGGCCGCCGGUUCCGUGCACUUAAGAUCUGGUUUGUAAUGCGCUUGUACGGAGUCUCGGGACUGCAGGGGCAUAUUUGGAACUCAAUCCAGUAUGGGGAGAGUUUUGCACAGUGGGUACGUGAUCAUGCAGACAUAUUCAAGAUUGUCAUACCACCGGCAUUUGGGCCGAUGGUAUUCUCGGUCAAGGAGGCACUUAGGGAGGAGAGUAAUCGCUUGACCAAGGUUGUGUAUGAGGCAGGGAAUGCCGAUGUGGAGAUAUUUAUCACAAGUCCAGUUAUCGAUGGGACUUAUGCAAUCCAUGUUGUUGGUAGUGGGCUCAAGACUUGAGAGGAGGUGCUGUGGAGGACAUUUGAGAUAUUUGUUUGUAAGAGGGAGGAGGUGCUUAGGGCUACGGAUGCAGCUGAGGUUAAUGGUGUCGAUGGUGUCAACGGGGUUGCCAAGGUUAAUGGCAUGAAUGGUGUCAAUUAUAUCGGUGCAUUAAAGUAG